AUGUCUAGUUUCGGCAAGAACAUAAUCCCUCGGCGUGCGCAUAAAGAGCGCGCGCAGCCCUCAUCGCGUAUCUCAAAGCAUGGCCUGCUGGAGAAAAAGAAGGACUAUAAGCAACGCGCGCGCGACCGCAACCUCAAACAACGUCGCCUGAAAAUCCUCAAGGAGAAGGCGGCGUUUCGCAAUCCCGACGAGUUCUACUAUGGUAUGAUACGCAGUGGAACGGAUGCUGGCAGAGUGAGGAAGGGUGUGAAUGAUAAGGAGAAGGAAGCCGUUCCGAUCGAACACAGAGAGGCGGGCAUGAGACUGCUCGCUGAGAGGAGAGAUAGUGGAUAUGUGGGAAUGAAAUGCGCAAUGGAAGGUAGGAGAGUCGACAGGUUGAAGAAGAGUCUGCAUGGUGUAGCGGCGGCUUCGGGCGUCCCCAGGACGCAUGUCAUGUUUGUGGAUGAUGAAGAGGAGAUGGCGGGGCUAGAAAAGGAGCUGAGUGAGCGGAAAGGGACGGGCUCCUUACAUAGUGGUGGAGGGCAUCGAGCAACGCUAAGGUCGACGAAGAAAGCGUACAAGGAAUUGCAACAGCGGCAAGAGCGGCACGGAAAAUUGAGGACGGUGCUGAAGGACAUGGCCUCGGAGAAGGCUCUGCUGAGCAAGGGGCGUCGUGUGUUGGAAAGACGAGCGAAUUCUACGACAGGAGCGCCUGCCGUUUACCGUUGGCAACAAGAACGCAAGCGAUAG